AUGGCGCCCGUGGAGCGCGAAGCUUCCAGGGACGCUGAUCGUCCUCUGAGACACAGGCAAUCAAUGUCUUCUGAUCAAGGCAGAGCUCUGGUUCCCAUGUGGGAUAGCUCAGAUCCCGAUAGGGCACCACCGCCCUUGCCCAUGAAUCCGCAAUCGCCAGUUACAACCUCUAGGAAAGGAACUUCCGUUGCCAUUCAGUCUGCCCACGCUGCUCUAAACGAAAGAGCCCGCGAGAGCGCCAUGCUUCCGGCACCCUUGACCAAAAGGAAUACCGAAACCUCCCCCGAACGUUCUCUCAUCAAAGGAUCACACCACAAACGCAUGCAGUCCUUGCAGCCAGGAAACGUCAGAGACCUUAGUCUGCUCUUGGAGAGCGGUCAGCAGUCCAACCCCCCAUCGCCGACCAAGUCCCCCGAGCGGACACGCCCUUCCACACCAGCGGCCAACAGAAGGGACAGCUUCGCCGACACAAGAAGAGACAGCUUCGCCGAUAGCAGGAGAGAUAGCUUUGCAGAUCUUAGGUCGACGGAGAGAGAGGCCACCACACCUUCAUCAGUUCAGAGUCAGACGCCAGUCGCACGCCCGCCUAUGAAGAGACAACAACAAAGCAUCUUGGGCGAAAACACACCUCCACAAUCUGCUACCAUGCUUGCCAUACAGAAUAUGCCGCUUCAAGGUCAGCAGCAAGAAAAGGAGAACGUCGCGAAUGGCUCUACUGCACUCGUCAAGGCUCCUCAACAGGUCGAAGCCCUUUCGGGACAGAUUCUGAGCCUCACCAGUAUCGCGACAGCUCUCUCAAAAGACAUGGCUCAGUUGAGCCGAAGAAGCCGUGACAAUGCCACCGACUUGCUAAGUCUGAAGGAAGCGACAAAAGCUCGGGACGAGGAUAUCCGCAAGAGCUUGCGCGAACUGAUCAACAACGCCCAGGAUGCUGCUGCGAGCAGCAGACCGAGCUCUCGCGACCCUUUCGUCAACAGCUUAUUCCUCGAUACCAAGUCUCACCACACCUCCCCUCCACCAAGCAAAGCUGGACGCCCAUUUUCUCUGCCUAGAAUCCCUUCACCGAAUAGCUUUGCGGCAUCCAUCGAUCGAGAUGCCCUGAGCACACCCUCGCUCUGCAACUCCAACGCCAACUCUAACUCAGAGUCUACGAAUACCAUCGCGAUACUGGACAAGAUUAUCAGAGACAUGGGUACGAAAGAGGGACACGACCUGCUUCUUGCUCGCCUGGCCGACGUUGCCGAGAAGCUCGCUGGAGUGGCGCCCGCUUCAAAGGUCGAUGAGCUGAUCCAGCUCGUCAAGACCAAGCCUGCGGAUGCCAUGAUCUCGCGAAGUGGCGGCGGCCAUGGGGAGAGCAACAGGAACAUGCCUCGUUCGGCUGUGUUUGACGAUGACAAUAGCACCAUGGACUUCGAUUACGACCCCGGAUAUGCAAGUCAGCUGACCCAUCGAUCGGAGAGAGCCUUGCACAACGAGCCCGCCUCGAAAUCCGCAGCAUCUGGCAAUGCUUCUGAGAUCGUUAGUGACGAAGUGCUCAAGAUCAUUCGUACCGUCAAGGACAGUGUAGCACAAGGCGGCGGCCUCACCGCAGAAGUCAAGGCUCUCGUCCGGGAGCUUCGUGGUGAAGUCCUCGGUAUGGGACGGGAGAUUGGAAGAAGACUGGAUGAGGCUCAGGCCCAACCAAAGUCUGAGGAGCCCUCGACCGAUAACGACGAAGUCUCAAAGAUCGUCCAUGAGGGAAUCGAGCAAAUGAGGGAGCACAUGGACGAGCUUCUUCGUGAGCAUCGACGCCAGUCCGCCAGCUCUGUGGCAUCAAGAGCACCAGCAAUCGACUAUCAAGAAAUCUAUAAUGCGAUGAGAGCAGCGCUCCGAGACUCUCAAGCAUCGCAGGAGAAAGAGCCUGAUCUGAAUCGGGAGGAUGUCAUCGAGGCUGUCAGGGACGCCUGGGAAAACUACAAGCCUGAGGUUGAGAACCAAGAUCCUGGCCUCGGACGGGAAGAGAUCCUGGAGUACCUCAAAGAGGGAUUGCAGGACUACGUCGACAGGGACCAGGAGCCCGUAGGAGCCUCGCGAGAGGAGGUGUUCCAAGCAGUCGUUGAGGGUCUCAAGCAUUUCUCGCCGCCUCGCGUUGAGACACCGGCAAGCCUCUCGCGAGACGAGAUUCUUGAAGCUGUUCGCGAGUGCCUAGAGGAGUUCGAGUUCCCCGUUGCCCCCUCGGCAUUCACACAAGAGCUCACCCGAGAGGACAUGCUUCAUGCGGUCAAGGAAGGCCUCAGCGGCUACGAUCUACCUAGCGCUGGAGCUCUCGUACCACACCAGAACAACAACGAAGAGGUCGUCACUCGAUUGCAAGAUAUUCUUGAGUUCAUGCGCGGAGAGUUCCGAGCAGUGACAGAGGAUGCGAAAGUGAACGCCGCCGCCAACGGCCGUGACACUGAGCAGAUUCUCGACGCUACUAAGGACGGUCUGGAGAAGCUUCGUGCUGACAUGGAAGCGUAUGUCAGUCAUCUCAGUGGCAGCACCGCCGGACAAGAAGAAAUCACCCAGACUCUUCUUGGCACAUUAGAUACCUUCAGGGAUGAGAUGGCUAUGUUGGUCGACCGCGUUUCGAGCGAUUCCAGAUCGACAAUUGAGUCACACAUGGAGUCACUACGCGACACUGUCAACUCCUCCAUGGUUCCGGUCACUCCGCAAGUCAACCAGAAGGAGAUCAUCGAAGCCGUGAGAGAUGGAAUCGACAGCGUGCGUGGCGAGUUGCGCCGACCAUUUGCCGGUGUCACGGACAUUCUAGACGCUCUUCACGAUGGCUUGGCCGAUCUGCGCAUCAGUAUCGACAAGGUGGCGAACCGGCCAGCAGAUCUCACAGCCAACGAUGAGGUUCUCGAUGCAUUGAAAUCCGGGCUGGACAACGUUCGCUCAGAAAUCGAUGGCCUUCGAGAGUUGCAAGGCCAGAACGACAAGGCAUUGACGACCAUGCAUGACGGUGCCGUUGUGCCAGUUCCGGCUGAUGCCCUCAAGCAGGAUGACAUCAAGAACCUCGAGGUUCUCAUCACACAGCUCCGAAUCAAGAUCGAGGCCAUGGAACCUGCCAACGCCGAUCCUGUCGCUAAAGAUGAUCUCACACGUAUGGAGGACAUGCUUCGUUCUCUUCAGGAAUCUGCAUCCAAGGACGACAUGCUCCGUCUCGAGGACAUGCUUCGACUCGUGCAAGAGUCGGUCUCAAAGGACGAGACUUCCCGCAUCGAAGAAGUCUUGCUCAAUGCACAGAGCUCCGUUACCAAGGAAGACAUAACACGUCUGGAAGAGGCGAUUCUGCCUAUCCAGGAGUGGGUCAAGUCCAAGGAAAGCCCGGUCAGCACCGAUGCUUCAACAAAGGAAGACGUCCAAGCGAUUGAAACUAUCCUUCGUAACACCAAGGGCCGGUUGGAUGACCUCAUUGACAACGAGCAAGCUGUGCGAAAAGAGCAUCUGGACAGCUUGGAGAACACCAUACUGGAGACCAGAGAAGCCAUCAAUCUCAUUACGACACAGCUGGAUACCCUGCCGAAGAAGGAUGACGUGACAUCCGUGGAGGCCUUGGUGACGCAAGUUGCUGCAGGCUUUGAAGAAAUGAAGGAGAGUGCUGCCAAGCAACUGGAGGACCCCGAGCGAGUCACUAAGACUGACGUCGAGGCUGUAGAAGCUGCAUGUCACGAUAUCAAGGACGUAUUCGAUCAACUGCUCAAAACGGAAAUAGCAGCCCUCGUCACCAAGGAAGACUUGAAGAAGACAGAGUCAACCUUGGAAGAGCUGAAAGGCCCUCUCGAGGCCUUGGUGGUCCUGGAGGGACUCAAGGAAGGACUACAGGAAGGCAUCAAAGCCCCAUUGGACGAGCUGAAGACAGAGCUCAAGACGGAGCUCAAGACCCCGAUCGAAGAGCUCAAGACUCCACUCGAAGAGCUCAAGACACGACUUGACUCUCUGACCGAGUCGCACGACAAGGGAAGUGAGGAGCGCCAAGCCGAGAUUGUCGGCGUUAGCGAACGCGUCACUGAAGUCAAGACCUUCCUUGAGGAAUUCCAGGGCUUGGUCAAGGGCAAACUCGAGGAGGGUGCCACUGGAGUUGAGAGUCUCUCAAAGCUGCUCGAGGGUGUAUCAACAGCAGUGGAGAACAACGCUUCCGUGAACCAAGACCUGAAGGAGCUCUCCGACACGAUGAAGCUCGAAUUCGAAGAGUCCAAGGCCGCUGUAGUCGGUGCGAAGCUGGAGUCCGACGAAAAGUUCCAGCAGACCACUGAGGCCUUGAGCGCCAAGAUUGAGGAGAAGGUCGCGGAGCUGAUGACCAAGUACGACGAGUUCCACGUUGCCCUCGACGACCGUGCAAAGGCCGGGGAGGCUAGAGAUGCCAGCACUGAAGAGGCAGUCCUGGGUACCAAGGCUGUUGCCGAAGAGCUCAAGUCUCUCGUGGACACACUUGGCGCUGCUGUUACCGAUUCGAUGGAGAAGAUGGAGGAGGCAUCCAAGACCGUGUUCACCAGAGUUGAGGAUCUCAUGACGAAGUCUGAGGAGAACCAUACGGACGGGAAAGCCGAUCACCAGCAAACUCGGGACCACUUGAAGCAAGCUGUCGACGCCGUCGAAAUCAUUCAGGGCCAGCUUAUUGAGUCCCAGCCUCAGAUCUUGGAAUCCAUCAAAGAUGUCUUGCUCAUCGUCGGUCAACAUUACGAUUACGCCAAGACGUCAACGAACGAUAUUCAAAAGACAAUCGAGGAUGCCAAGCCAGUUGAGCUUGCUCUGCCACCAAUUCCUGACAAGUAUGACGACACUGUGGUUCUGGAGAAACUUACCAAGUUGAUCGAGCAUACUGAGGUUCCGGUCGAGAAGUACGAUGACGCAGGCGUUCAUGAAAAGCUUGACAAGCUCGUCGAGCAUGCUUCCGUUCCUCCUGAGAAGUAUGACGAUGCGCCAGUACAUGAGAAGCUUGACAAGAUAGUGGAGCAUGUUUCCACUCCAGCAGAAAAGUACGACGACACGCCCGUUCACGAAAAGCUCGACAAGCUUGUAGAGCACUCUCAGGUGCCUGUCGAGAAGUACGAUGAUGCGCCGGUGCAUGAGAAGCUCGACAAACUCGUGGAACACUCCCAGAUACCAGUGGAGAAGUACGACGACGCGCCCGUUCACGAGAAACUCGACAUGCUUGUGGAGCACUCUCAGGUGCCUGUUGAGAAGUACGAUGAUGCACCGGUGCAUGAGAAGCUUGACAAGCUCUCUGAACAGCAGUUGCUGAUCCCGACGGAGAAGUAUGACGACGCAGUGGUCAUGGAAAAGCUUGACAGGAUCGCUGAGUACCAGUCUUUGCUCCCAACCGAGAAGUACGACGACGCUGCAGUUCAAGAGAAGCUCGACAUGCUUGCCUGCGGGCAGUCGUUGAUCCCUACGGAGAAGUACGAUGAUGCGCCAGUGCACGAGAAGUUGGACAAGCUUGCUGAGCAGCAGUCGUUGAUCCCAACCGAAAAGUACGAUGACACAGUGAUUCGGGAACAGCUCGGAGUUCUUGCUGAACAGCAGCUGCUGAUCCCGACUGACAAGUACGACGACGCAACUGUGCAAGACAAGCUUGACAAGAUUGCCGAGCAACAGGCAUUGAUUCCCACCGACAAGUACGACGACGCAACUGUGCAGGACAAGCUUGACAAGAUUGCCGAGCAACAGGCCUUGAUUCCCAUUGACAAGUACGACGAUGCAGCUGUUCACGUGAAGCUGGACGAGCUUGUUGAUCAUACUCAUGCUGCUGAGAAGGCCUUUGGUCAGCUCGACACUCUUGAAAAGGUUCACCAGCAAGUCAUUCAAACGGCCACGGACAUCUCGCUCUUCCUCGCUACCCAGACCAAGAAGAUCAAAGAGGAGGAAGACGACAGAGAGCAGACUCUCCAAGAAGUGACCAUUGAUCUCGAGCGCAAGUUUACUCUCAAGGAGCAGAUUGAGGCCAGCUUGCUCGAUCUGAAGCAGGAGGAGGAGAGACUCAGGGCCUCAGUACUCGGACUUCGGACGGAGCAAGAAAGUCUCAUUCGGCAGAAGACAAGGUUGACGGGUGAUGUCUCGUCUCUCGAGACUGCACUGCACAUUCGUCGAGAUGAGCUUCACGACAUGGAAUCUCGUGCCGAGGGUCUUGAGCGCCGCAUCCUGGAAGGCGUUAUGGACCAUUCACGCGUCCUCCUGAUGUCAAAGGCGACCAAAGGACGAGACGCUAUGAGCCGUAAGCGUGUCCGGGACCAAAAGCCGGGUCAGGAGAACGGGGUCUCUGAGAAGCCUGCAUCGCCUGCUGUCAACUUGGCGCUUUCUGCCAAACGAAACUUGAAGCCUCCUUCGCAAGCGGGCGCUGCUCGCCGUAUCUUGUCACUGAGCCAGAUCACGAACAAUGUGCCUACCGGUGGUGUCCAGCGCAGCCAGAGCGUCAGGACAGCCGGUGCCCGUGGUCAUCGCAAGUCCAGCUGGGCUGGAGGCUUUUCGAAGGGCUAUGGAGAUCUCGACAAGGAGAACAUGUCUCUGAAAGAGACGGAGGAGGAGAACAUGCCCAGCCCCACGCCUGUUAUGCACGAAGAACCGGCUGGCGGUGAUGAUCCCAGUGACACCGAGACGCUACGUCGUAGCAGUCAUGGCAGUCGUAUGAGCCGUGGUAGCCGCGGUACAACUGUCGUGACGGAGAGUACCGACAAUUACACUGGCGACGGUGACUACUCGGACUAUUACGACGACAACCAAAGCGAUUUGCAGAGUGACCUCCAGAGCGAGUGGACCGAGAGUGUCGUGAGCUCAAACGUCAGUUCAGACCUUGGCUCCAACCUGAGUCAAGAAACCCUGAACAAUGAGGCUGCGACAGUGGAGGAAGUGGCCUAG